GGAGUGGAAGGCCAGAUCCUGCUCUUUCGUUUUCGUUUCCCGGAAGGAUAGCGACUGACGGAACUCAUUACCGCUGCGGGAUUGUGAGCUCCAGCGUCCCUAGGUCCCUAGCGCUUCCAAAAUAGUUUUCCUACUUACACCCAUCUUUCUUUUCCUGGUCCGGAAUAAGGGUUUGGGUGGAAGUAGAGUCAGGAAACGACGACCAAAGUUACUCCGCAACAGGAGCCAGCUCAGUCCUCACGAAAGAAAGACGGUCUUCCACUCCACCUGUAACGCAGUUAGCUAUCUGUCCCUGGCAAGAAGCCUCAAGUGACCUUCGAAGAAUAAGACCCUUUAUCAUACCAAAACAGGGUGGAGAGAACACUGCAUUUGGAGCCUGAGGACCCAGGGAGGAGAAUUGGCUAAUUCUUCUUCCAUUCUUGUGUCAGCAACACCACCCCCAGCCACUCAAUUCCAAGCCAGAUGUGAGGCUAGAAUGCAACUUAUCCAUGAGAAGGAGAUCUGCAAAUUGCCAGGCAGACUCAGAAUUCAGCCGUCAUUGUGGAGUAAGGAGGAUGUGAUUCACUGGCUAAGAUGGGCUGAACAGGAAUACUCCCUCCCGCAGACCAUGGAGCACAAGUUUGAAAUGAAUGGGAAGGCCCUCUGCAUCCUGACCAAAGAUGACUUCAGAAACCGAGCUCCCGGUUCAGGUGAUGUCUUGUAUGAGCUGCUUCAGUAUAUUAAGACCCAGAGGACAGCCCUGGUCUGCGGACCCCUCUUCAGCACGCCAUUCAGGCCCGUGAUCCCCUUCCGGCAGCAUCUCUGUCCUCUGGAAGGGGGUAAUAACCCCUUAAAACCUACCUCUCAAGGGGGUCUCCUGGCACCCCAACGAAAUGAGAUGUCCAGCAGCACCUCUGGCCAGCUCGAUCCUGCCUUUCUGCCGAGAGGGGCUUUCUUCAGAGAAGAGCCGCUCAAUCUCUCACACAUGUCAGAGGUCAGCUAUCAGGCAGAGGUCAUUUGUUCCUUUCACAGAACAAAGCAAGACUCUAUUGAUGGAAAACUUACAGACUGUCGCUUGCUAUGGGACUAUGUGUAUCAGCUGCUCUCUGACAGCCGGUAUGAAUCUUACAUCAAGUGGGAAGACAAGGACUCCAAGGUCUUCCGGGUGGUCGAUCCGAAUGGACUUGCCAGGCUCUGGGGAAAUCACAAGAACCGGGUGAACAUGACCUAUGAGAAGAUGUCAAGGGCUCUCCGGCACUACUACAAACUGAAAAUCAUCAAAAAGGAGCCAGGCCAGAAACUCUUGUUCAGAUUCCUGAAAACUCCUCAUGAGAUUGUUCACCACAAAGCCAGCAGGUUGGAACAGCUGGAACAUCAGGAUCAGGAAGGACUGGAUUUUAAGGAGGAGGUGCUAGAAGUCUCAUCCUAAGGGAUAGCUGACAGGCAGGGCUGCGUGUCUCUGAUCUAGAAGAGGUUUUUUUUUACUGGAGGAGGAGGAGGAAGAAAAGGAAGAGGAGGAAGAGGAGGAAAAAGAGG